AUGGGUUGCUCAAAUGCUCGUUUAUUGGUGCAAACACCACUAUCUGAAACAAACACUACAGCAAAUGUGAAUACCAAUAAUAAUAAUAAUGUCAAUCCAUUAACAGUACCAGUAACAACACCGAUUGAAACAUCUCCUACCGGUGUUGUUACUGAUACAAAUCCGACAACAACACGAAUGCAUCUAACAGGUGUUGAUCUUGUUGUUGAAAGAAAUGGAUCGUAUACACUUUUGCUUACACCGAAAACUCAUAAACAGUUAAUGCCCUACGUAUUGCGGAAGAAACGAUUUCGAAUUCUCGUUGAUAAACCUCGCUCGGAAGGCCCAUUAACUGUUAAUCCACCGUUAUCAUCGUAUGAUUUAUCAAAUAACGAACGAAUUAUGGAAAGCGGUAAAGAAUUAAAAUUAAGUGAAAAAAAGAAUAAAAAACACAAUAAACAAAAAAUGGAAUCAACUAUUGAAUCUGUUCAACAAGUUGCAUCGGCUGAACUCGACAAAGCAAAAGCACGAUUUAUUGGUGGUCGUAGUAUUGAUCGUGGUAAUCCAGAAGAUGACGAUGAAAAUAUUCAAUCAGAUGAUGAAGGUAUGAUUGAAGAAAUAGUUACAACUGUUGAAGAAGAUAAAGAUCUUGAAUGUAAAGUUAAAAAGAAAAUUGAAACAAAAAAAACUGUUGAACAAGAUCCUGAAACACAUAAUAAAAUAACUAAAGUUGUAAAAACUGAAGUUACAGAAAUAACACGAACAAUUACAAUUAAUGAUCAACAUGAUCUUGAACGUGCUAAACGUGAAUUAGGUAUUGAUGAUGUUAAUAAACUUUUACCAUCAUCACAAGUUAUUUAUAAUUUACCAUCAACAUAUCAUUCAACAUCAUCAUGGAUAGAUCAUCCACGUUUAACACAAGUACAAGAAAAAUAUUAUGAACCAUCAAAUGAAAUUGUUACAUCAGGUGAUUUUCCAUCUGAUAGUCCAGUUAAACAACAUUCACCAAUCAAUGAAAUUAAUGAAAAAGAACUCAAACAUGAUCAACCAUUAGCUGAUGCAACAACUGUUGGGCGUGGUCCAGUUGCUGAAACAAUUUCAUCUUCACUAAUACAACAAAACUCAACACCUGUUGAAGACAAAACAAUUGAAAAGAAAAAGAAAAAGAAAAAAUCUAGUCUUAAUUUAUGUUCUUGUACACGUAGUACAACAAAUGAUGUUGAUGAAGAACAACGUAAACAAAAAGCUGCAAAUAUCGUUGAACAAAAAUCGAAACAAAAAAAGAAAGCAUCAGUUACAACAACAAAUGCACUUCUUUCAACAACGAAUCUUCAAUCAGAAACACCAACUGGUAAAACAUUAAAUGAUACACAAAUUCAAGGUCAACAAUUAAUAUCUGAUGAUAUCAAACAAUUAAUUACAGAUAAAAAACCUUUAUUAAUCGAUUAUAUACAUUCAAAAAUAUUUUUACCAUCAAAAUUAUUUACAACAAAUGAACAAGAUGUUAAAGGAAGACAAAUUUCAUCACGUAUUUUAGAUUUAUUACGUUAUGAUCGUUGUUCAUCAUGGACUAAUUUAUUUGAACUAUUAAAAGAUGAAUCUUCCGAUCAAUUAGCACCAAAUCAAUUUAUACAACCAAUGGUUAAAACUUAUCAAGAUCUAUUUACAAAUCGUCAAUCAAAUAUUUCAAAUACAUUUUCAACAAUACAUAAUGAAAAAGAUAUUAAAAAUCUUUCUGAAAAUAAUGAUUAUAUAACCAUUGUACAAACACAUAUAAAUGAAAGAGAUAAUCAACCGAAUAUUGGUGUUAUUACAAAACCAUUUGUUGAAAAUAUUGAAGAUACACUUGAACGUUUACAACAUCAUGUUCAAUCAGAUGAAAAAGGUUAA